UGGGAAGAUGUAGCCCUGGGCCUGGCGUUCUUUUGUGUGGAGUUUGCCGCCAUAACCGCACGGCACAAUAAGUAAACUGUAUACAACGUCUGCGCUUUAUAAACGAGCUUCCGUUGGUAUUUCACUAAGUUCGUGAGGCAAAACUAACUGGAAAUUGACACGCAAUAAAAAAAUAUACAUAUAAAAAACCGAUCGCGACAACCCUGGGAUUGCUUGGGGAAAUGUGAUAUAACAAGUGGGGUCAAGUCAACAAAAAGUAGUGACCUGCCUCCCCCGUGACACCGAAUAGACUGGUCCAAAUCAGUAAGCGUGCCGACCAAUAUUAGUCCGCUGCGCUGUAUCGCAUUGUAUGUUGUGGGGAUGGUAUACGAGUCGUGUUGUAUGUGGUGCAUGGAUAACGUGUGUUACGCUGUUGACAACAGUGUCGAACAAAUCAAAAACAAGUUGCAAGCAGUAGUAGCCGUCUGCCCGAAGACGUCCGAACAUCAUCUGAGUGGAUACGUACAGCGGGGGAUGUGACUCGACCUCUCAAAACGUCGGCUAUGGUGCUGGAACAACCAUUGUCCCUGAUUGUUUAGGGAGAUUUUCGUGCCAGUUUUUAAACGAAAGAGAAAUCUCGGGCAGUGUUUAGAUGUGUGCAUGACGAACCCGUGGCGGGCUGCUCUUCUUCGCGUCAGGCUGGCAGACGAACCACCAAAAUUGUGCACAAGCAGGGUAGCAUGGGGGAUUUCUUAUCCCUCAAAAAGCGUGACGUUGUAGAUCGGCUACGCAGACGUAUAGAGCGUUAUCGCAGACACCAAAACAACUGUAUAGGCCGGUUUAACAGCGGGAUCAAUGGUCUGUACGAUCAGAAUCGCCAGGACUCCCAGCUCCUGAGACAGAGGUGGCUUGAGAGCAGGGCCAAAAAAGCCAAACAUUCCAAACCCAACAAAGACUCCACUACCCAGGUGGAACACCGAAACCUCGUAGUGACGCAAAAACUGAAAAAGAAAAUUGACAACAGCAACAUAGAACACACUACAGCGGACAGCGGUCCUUACAACUUUGACGAGCAAGACUCUCCAUCGAACAAGGGCAGUCUGAGCGGAAACACGGGCGUUGAUGGUCAGCUGCUGUCUGUACACAUAGUCCAACAGAUCAACCGACAGCAAGAGAACUCGCAGACCAUACAGACCAAUGUCACUCUGAAGACGUGCUACAACACCAGCGAAUCUCUGAAGCCUGGCAACAACCACACCACCAGCAUACAGACGAGAUUCGAGUGCAAGCAGGAGCCGUCUGAUAGUUCCAAUUGUCGCGAGGACACCUGUGGGUCGCAGCAGAACACUAACCCACCGCCGGCUGCCUCGGAUCUCAACUUCGGAACCGAUAACGUGGAAGAACUGCAGGAUAUUUUAGAUACGCUCGAGAAAGGCGGCGAACUUGCUCCUGAAAUAAUCAAAGAACUGGACAAAUUUAAUGAGAUAUAUGACAAUGUCAAAGUGCAACGCGAUUCUGAAGGAAACGAACAAGGAACUAUGUAUGGACCAAUAGCAAGUGUUUCUCCGGGCCUGACAAAGGCUCCUUCUUACAAUGAUUCCGUUGGAGGUGCUACUGGUAUCAAUACUAUGUAUGACACUAAUCAAAAUAUGAAUUCUGUUGGGAAUGGUUCCUUAGCCACAAGCUUGAGACCGCCCCCACGUCACCAUGUUUCCCCCAUAAACCCUGACUCGACUGGCCCCGCAGCAGAAACAUUAAAACAGAUGGCUGCACAUCACCAGAACCAGUCUGCUCCACCUUAUCCAUUAAAACAACCUUCCAUGGAAUACAGUGAGACUCCGUUAGGAGGAGCUGCGUAUAGUAGUUACCCUCAACAAAACUUUCAGACCGCUCAGGCAUAUACGUAUGGCCAGCAGGGUCGUAUGGGUGAGGUGACUCCACCUCAGUAUCCCCAACACGGCCAGUCUAAAGCAGACCACGCUUCUCUCUCGUACGGGGGUACGAAACCGCUGAGUCACUUCGAGGCACCGAACCGGCAGCCCCAGCCCGGCCCGUCGUCUCUACAGCAGCUGCAGAACCAGGUGAGGACUCACUUCAACCAGUCGCCCAAUCCGCAGAUGCAGAUCACGCAGACCCAGCACAUGCAGGUGUCGCACGGUGCCCACCGCAUGCAGCUUUCCCAGACCCAGCAGCUACAGAUGCAGCAGCCGCCACAGCAGAUAUCGCUGUCACAGCAGCAGUCAUUUUCCAUGUCGCACUUGCCUCAGAAUCAGUCCCAAAUGAUGAAUGAUCAGAUGAACAUGCAGAUGAUGGAAAAGAUGAGACAGGAGCAAAGGCAAAUGCAGAUGAUGGAGCAACAGCAGCAGCAGCAGCAACAACAACAACAACAACAACAACAACAGCAGCACUCCCAGCAUUCUCAACAAAACCAGAUGCCACCUCAGUACAUUAAUCGACCACCACCGGAAUACAAGAUGCAGCCAGGGUCGACAUCGUCGUACGGACCUACAGCUGCAGGACCCAAUCCUCUGAGAACAAUGCAAAAUAUGGUGAAUCAAACGCCGGCUUAUGGAGUGGUGAAAACGGAGGUUGCUCCAGGACAGACGCCUAACGGAAUGCUUCAAGCAACACACAUGGCUGGUAUGCAGUCCAUGUCAGCAACUGUCGCUGGCAACCCUGGCAUGUCUGGUAUGCCACCUACAAAUCCAGCUGCACGGUCUUACACCUCUGGCACCGUGCCCACUCAAGGACAGGCGAGGCCGCAGGUUUCUUCUACGUACACUAGUGCAAUAAUGCGCAACCAGAGACCGCCGAAUGUUAAUGUUGGGCCAGAUGGCCUGAAUAUUUCCCAGCCGCGUAGUCACGACUGGCCGAGACCGAUGAUGCAGGGAGUCCGACAUGGCGUGCCUGGCUCAGUGUCCAUAUCGCACGCGGCCGCUAUGUCUCAGUCGAACAUGAUUCAGUACGGACAUUACCCAAACUCGUCUGCCGGAGCAAUGGGUGCUGCUGGUGUGCAAAUGUCCCAACAGCGGCCGCCGGGCGUGACGACAAUGAUGCAGAAUGGAACCCAGGUGAUGAUGCAGCAGAAUAUGCAGAUGUCCCAGCACGGGGGAAUGAGGCCGGGGGCGCCCUCCACUCCCGUCACCGGCUACAACCUGACGUCAGCGUCGGGGAUGACGGGGGUGGUAUCGACGGGGUCCACGCAGGCUCAAGGAGGCUUCCCUUCAAGCAGCUCCACACAGGAAGACGUCAUGAACUUUCUCGAUAUUGCUCAAAACACAAGCCCAGAUUUUUUUGAUAUGGUACAAAACUCAGGAAAUUCCGAUUUUAGUAUUAUCGACGAAAUAUUGGGUAAAUAACGAUAGAUGGAUGAUUCACAGUGGUAUGUAAAAAGAAAAAGAAAGAAAAAUGAAUAGUGAUAAGUGCUGAACAAAAAUAACUGAGGGUAUGGACGCGUGUGUAUAUUCUGUUUUGUGGCACAUUCCAUGUUUAAUUGAGGAUAUUCGGUCAUGAAUAUUCCAACGUGAGCGAUGUUUGAAGGGUGUUCUAACUGUAGACUUGCCGUCACUUGGGCUCUCGUUUUAGGCAGCUCAGAGAAUUGGGCAGUGAUUGAGCGCUCGUGUCUGGGGAUCUCAUUUUUCAGUAUCCUGACCUGCAAGUGGUUGGAGUGAACAAAAAAACUGAGCCCAAUCACCGGCGCAAUGGCUAGCCCGUGUUUGGGAAUCGUGAGGUGUACAAUACCGUGGUACAAUGGCGAAGUCGAUAUCUGAAUGAACGGUGUGGAGAUGGGCGGAAUACGGAGUAGUGUCCUCUUGAAUUAAGAGAGUCGAGUUAAUUAUUAAAUGUGUACAAAGAAUAUUACAUGCAUCAAUAGGUGUAUUAUAUUCUGUGCAGCGUUUCUCCCAAAUUCAAGAACAUGCACACACAGAACCAUUGCUGGUAUGAGUAAAUAGGAAACUAUACAAACACUUGGGUUUAGCCAUACUGAAAAACGUUAACAUUCGUAUCACUGGAUAAUGUGUGAAACAAAACUGUAACUGUACUAUUCGAUUACGUGGAUAUGAUGGUAUGUGUAUAUAAAUUCCGAGCAUAUAUAUCACGUGGCGUGUUGCCUCAGUAAUCUACCUCGUGAAGGGAUCUCCCAGUGUAGCGCAGCCCCGCCCUGAUGUGGGUAGCGAGCCCCGCUCUACUGUGGAUAGCGAGCCCCGUUCUGCUGUGGGUAGCGAGUCCGCCCUGCUGUGGGUAGCGAGCCACGCCCUGCUGUGGAUAGCGAGCCCUCCCUGCUGUGGAUGGCGAGCCCGGCCUGCUAUAGCGGCUACGGGAGAAGUAGAUGAUCGUGCUUUUCCCCCACGAGUACUCGUGUGUAUCGGACAGAUACCGGCUGAGGGGAAUGUGUAACCGGACACUCGAUUGUAUGGGACUGGUUAGAACAGAAGGUCGCUGGAAGCUGGUGCGAGUAUUUGUUUAAUCUGUUAGAGCUGGUAAAAUAGCUGUGAAGUGAUAACACACAAAAACACCAUAGGUCUGUGGUUUCAUGGGACCAAGGGUUUUUUUAAACAACAAAACAAAAGAUAUUUCUCUUUCUCUCCCGAGUAAUGCAUGUGUACACUUUUGUUUCACAAGAUCUCGCAUGGAGUGGUUUCCAUGUCAUGACGAUUCCGCAUGUUGCAGAAGUAAAUAAUAAUAACAUA